GUCAUGUCUUGUUUUGAUUUUCCUCAGUUCGCAGUUGUUUGUUUACAAUUUUGUUACUUGUAAACUUCUAAACUAAUUAGUUGCCUGAGUAACAAUUAUUUAACUUGUUAAACUUUGAAUACCCAAUAACCAUUAUUGUAAACUUCAGGCUUCAGUAUGUAAGAGAUUUAUUUUUAUUCAAUUGUAAUUAGGAUGGCUUUAAUAAAUACGAUUUUACCACCGAAAAUGUUCGAAGUUUUGGACAGAGCUGGAUUGUCUACAGUUAAACAGAUUAUCACACUUUCGGUCUGGGACAUUAAAAAGUCCACAAACUUAAGUAUUGAGGACAUCAUGUUACUUAAAAAUAUGGUGGCUAAUAAUUUUUCGCCUACUACUGUUACCGGAAAAACUUUGAAGAAAACUUAUAGUGAAAUCCUUAAAAUAUCUACAGGAUGUCAAAAUGUAGAUAAUUUAUUAAAUGGUGGCUUUAGAAGAGGAACUAUAACAGAGGUGUUUGGUGAAAGUGGCUGUGGAAAGACACAACUAGCAUUGCAAUCUACUCUUAACAAUUGGUUGGGUGGCUGUGUUUACAUUUGCACUGAAGAUUUAUUUCCAACAAAAAGAUUUGAAGAAAUAAAAAUAAAUCUUUCCUCAUAUGAUCCAAAAAUUGAUUAUGGUAAACAUGUCUUUGUGGAACACAUAACAGAAGCAAAAGAUUUGCUGUCUUGCAUAAGGGUGCGUUUACCAAAGCUACUAGAACAACAUAAAUUGUCUCUUUUGGUCAUAGACUCAGUGACUGCACCAUUCAGAUGUGAGAGUACUAAUUAUAUUCGAAGGGCAGAAGACUUAAGAGAAAUUGCAAUUUUAUUGACCUCACUAGCCCAGGAGUAUAACUUGGCUAUCUUGUGUAUAAACCAAGUUACUGCAUCAUUUGAAGACUCAGAUAAUGUAUUACCAUCAUUGGGCUUGGCAUGGUCUAACAUGGUUACAACUAGGCUUAUGAUAAAGAAGACUUCAAGAAUAGCUGAUGCCAAUAAUCCUCAAAAACAUAAGCAUCACUUGUUAACUUCUAAUCACACUGUUUAUGGUAGAGAAAUGUCAACAGUAUUUGCUCCACAUUUACCUAAUUCUAAAACAGAAUUUAUUAUUACAUCAAAAGGUCUUCAAAGCCUAUAAGUUUUAAAAAUAUAGCAAUAAAUAAACCUCAUUAAAAUUACUUGUUUAUUUAUCGCUCGACCAUUUUACUUGUCGUCGUAAGGCCUAUUCGUUAGGUACAUGAGUAAUCAACGUAUUUGAGCGAGAGUAUUUUCUUUACAACAUUUAAUUUGGUUUAUAUAAAUAAAUAAAGUUUUACACUGCUUUACUGUAUAAAAUUUACGCCAGCCCGUCUAAAAACAUUUUCUUAGUUAAUUUAUUCUGGUAAUGAAUUUAAUAUUAAAAUUAUAACAAUUUAUUACAGGAGAAAGUGUUUUAUUUUAUAUCUAUUCCCUCGUGGUCGGUGACAUGUAAACACUGAUGCACCCGUUUCAUGACACUAAUGACAAUAUUGACAAUCAUGUGACAGCAAGACGUCAAGUUAAAAUCUGACUUGGGUAGUAGAUUUAAAAGGGAUUUGUAAACACAGUUACUUGAAUAAAUAUCUUCAGAUAAUAUCCAUAUAGAAAGUCAUUUGCAAAUUGCUCUUACGAAACUUAAAAAAAA